AUGGGUGAUUCAAAGCGAUCUGUGAAAAAUAAGGCGAGAGUUGAGGGAUCAAUAUGUGCACAUUAUUUACAUCGAGAAACUUCACAUUUUUUCUCACAUUAUUUCAUUCAUAUGAUGUUGACUCCGAGAAUCAUAAGGAAUGAAGUUCACUUUAGUGAAAGAAGUCAAUUCACCUUAUCGGUUUUUGGCCGUCCCGGUCGUCCUUCUGGAAAUACAAGUGUGCAUUGGUUGUCUGAAAAAGAAAUGCAAUCUGCUCAUGUUCAUGUGUUGAUUAACUGCGUUGAAGUUAAACCAUAUCUUGAGUAA